AUGUUCUACACAGUCAACAUUCCUAUGUUCUACAUAGUCAAUAUCCCUAUGUUCUACACAGUCAACAAUCCUAUGUUCUACACAAUCAAUAUUCCUAUGUUCUACACAGUCAACAUUCCUACGUUCUACACAGUCAACAUUCCUAUGUUCUACACAGUCAACAUUCCUAUGUUCUACACGAUCAACAUUCCUAUGUUCUACACAGUCAACAUUCCUAUGUUCCACAUAGUCAACAUUCCUAUGUUCCACACAGUGAACAUUCCUAUGUUCUACACAAUCAAUAUUCCUAUGUUCUACACAGUCAACAUUCCUAUGUUCUACACAAUCAAUAUUCCUAUGUUCUACACAGUAAACAUUCCUACGUACUACACGGUCAACAUUCCUAUGUUUUACACAGUCAACAUUCCUAUGUUCCACACAGUUAACAUUCCUACGUACUACACAGUCAACAUUCCUAUGUUCUACACAGUCAACAUUCCUAUGUUCCACAUAGUCAACAUUCGUAUGUUCUACACAGUCAAUAUUCCUAUGUUCUACACAAUCAACAUUCGUAUGUUCUACACAGUCAACAUUCCUAUGUUCUACACGGUCAACAUUCCUAUGUUCUACACAACCAACAUUCCUAUGUUCCAUAUAGUCAACAUUCCUAUGUUCUACACAGUAAACAUUCCUAUGUUCUACACAGUCAACAUUCCUAUGUUCUACACAGUGAACAUUCCUAUGUUCCACACAGUGAACAUUCCUAUGUUCCACACAGUGAACAUUCCUAUGUUCUACACAGUCAACAUUCCUAUGUUCCACACAGUGAACAUUCCUAUGUUCUACACAGUCAACAUUCCUAUGUUCCACACAGUGAACAUUCCUAUGUUCUACACAGUCAACAUUCCUAUGUUCUACACAGUCAACAUUCCUAUGUUCUACAAAUCCACAUUCCUAUGUUCCACACAGUGA